UUUUUUGUUGACCAAAUUUGACACGCUCUCAUUGACCUCACUACAAAAAUUCCCCACUUCCUGGGUUUAUUUUCUUUGCCAGAUUUUGGGCGGAGUAAAACCUCAAGUCUUGCCUCUUGCUCUCUGACCUUACGGAGUCCCCACAUCUGUUUUUCAGUGGAAACGGAAAUUAAGCUGAAAAUACUGUAUCCGUGAAAACCGGAAACAUCUGCUUUCUCCCCACCCCACUGGAGAGGUAUGACUGGGAAAGCUAACUAGCUGUGAAACCACAGUUUAUAAACCUUUUUAUUUCUACUAUAAUACUACAAUUUUGUUUUCAAGUCAAAGAGCUCAGUGGUAGGGCGAUCAAAUUUUUGGAACCCUCAAAAUCCAGAAUGAGACGACACACAACAUAUGAUGAAGACCUGCGAGAUGCUACCAGGAGGAAAAGCGAGAAGGACCCUAAGGAUAAACAACACGAAUCCACCAUUUACUCAUUCAGGACACAGGAGCAGGACACAGCAGCCACAGGCUUCCAGCGCUUCCUCAAUGUCCUCAACAAAGGGGUGGACAUCAACAAGCUCUCAAAGAUUGUCAACAAUGUGAAUGAGUUACCCCCUAUGCAGGAGGGCCAUCCCAAGACUACCUACAGGAGUGAGGAUAAGGGGGCCCCAGCUCAGAGCUCUCAGGAUUGCUUGGGACCCCACAGUAGAGCUCUGCCACAGGACCACAGUCACUCACACAUUAUUGGAGAAAGGAGGCUGGAUCUCCCACACGGCCAGCUCCAGAGCCUGCUGGAGUCCAUCGGGCUAGACCUGGGGGUGGAGGAGUUGGGCCGACUGUCAGACCGGACCAAGGAGAGGCUGUACGGGAUGAAGAGAGACCAGGAGAGGAGUCCCUUGACGUCAGACAGGCACUCUAGAACUAGAGACUGGGACAGAGAACGAGGCGAGGACACAGAGAGGGACGGAUCUAAGAGAAACGGAGAAAGAGACCGAGAGAGAGACUGGGUCAGUUCUGAGCGAGACCGAGAGAGAGACGGGGACAUAUCUGAGCGAGAUAGGGACAGGCGCUCUAAUACCAGGGACAGGCACUCUGGUUCCAGGGACAGGCGCUCUAGUACCAGGGACAGGGACAGACACUCUGGUACCAGAGACAGCAACAGGGACAGGCGCUCUAGUACCAGGGACAGCGAGAGAGAUAGGCACUCUGAUACCAGGGACAGCGAGAGAGACAGGCACUCUGGUACCAGGGGCAGGCGCUCUAGUACCAGGGACAGAGACGAGGACAGGCGCUCUAGUGCCAGGGACAGAGACGAGGACAGGCGCUCUAGUGCCAGGGACAGAAACAGGGACAGGCGCUCUAGUGCCAGGGACAGGCGCUCUAGUACCAGGGACAGGCGCUCUAAUACCAGGGACAGGCGCUCUAGUACCAGGGACAGGCGCUCUAGUACCAGGGACAGGAACAGGCGCUCUAGUACCACGGACAGGCUCUCUACUAACAGGGACACAGAUAGGGAUAGGUGCUCCAGUAGCAGAGACAGGGACAGGCGCUCUAGUAACAGGGAUAGAGACAGGGACAGGCGCUCUAGUAACAGGGACCGAGACCGGGACAGGCGCUCUAGUGACAGAGACAGGAACAGGCGCUGUAGUACCAGGGACUGUGACAGAGAUGGCGACUGGGCCGAAGGAAGCGACAAUGAUUGGUAUAGGGACAAGUCCAACGAAAGCUCUGCUGACCUCAACACAUACUCAAAGGACCCUAUAUAUCCUUUUUCUCACCCUCCUAAUGCAUCUAUGAUGGCAACCUUCUCCACCACCCAGUUCUCUCUGUAUACCAGCAGACCCUACGCCAAUACCUUCCCUCCAGGUUGGGGUUAUCCCCCUGGCCUUAUGCCCCCUAGCUUUAUGCCCCCUGGUAUUAGGCCCCCUGGUAUUAGGCCCCCUGGUAUUAGGCCCCCUAGUAUUAUGCCCCCUGGUAUUAUGCCCCCUAGUAUUAUGCCCCCUAGUAUUAUGCCCCCUGGUAUUAUGCCCCCUAGUAUUAUGCCCCCUAGUAUUAUGCCCCCUGGUAUUAUGCCCCCUAGUAUUAUGCCCCCUUUUACCAUGCCCCCUGGUACCAAGCCUCCCUUCCCAUACCCCCCCCCCGGGUAUCCACCCUACCUCAGCGCCCCACCAAUUUACUCUAAUAGUACAGCAGCCUCAAGCCAGACAUACACAUACACACAGGCUGCUAGAAACCUCCAGCUCUCAUCUACUCAGCCUGCCAGUAACCACCAGUUAGCAUAUAUCCCACUCCCAUACAACCAGCCCUCUGGCACCCUCCAGCAGCUAAACACCAAGUCCACUGGCAACCUGCUCCAGCUCAUGAACCUCCAACUCCCAAACAGCAAGCCCGCUAGCACCCGCCAGCUUACUUACAUUCAGCCAGCUAGCAACCCCCAGGUCAAAUCUAUCCAGCCUGGUGGGACCCGGCAGCUUAAAUACAUUCAGCCCACUAGCAACCCCCAGGUCACAUCUACCAAGCCCGCUAGCACCCGCCAGCUUACAUACAUCCAGCCUGCUAGCAAUCCCCAGGUCACAUCUACCCAGCCCGAUAGCGAACUCAAGUUCACAAGCACAGCUGUACUGACGCCAGCACUGAAAGUGUUGACCCCAGGCCCCAUCUCCUUGAACAAGGCCCAACAACUGAAGGAGCUGUCACCUCCCCGCUGUCUGCAUUACGUUAAGACGGUGGUGCCCAAGGGCAGCAAACGCCGCAUGAGACGGUCAAGAGUCACGAGAAACAGGCAGGCGCUUGAAGAAAGGUGUAAUAAAUACAAGAAAGAGGUUCUGAGAAAGAGGAGAAUAUAUCGAGAUCUCCAAGGGAAGAGAGAUGGACUGAUUGCAAGAGCUGCAGCGAAAGUGGCCGCUCGGUUAGCUGCAAAGUACCCCAGGGCCCUCUCUGAAGCGGAGGCAGAGAGCGAUGUUGAAGGGGAGAAAAAAACAAUGCCUGAAGAAGUGAUUAAGGGGAAACUAAAGAAGAAGCUUGAAGAGUUCAACCUGAAGAUGAAGCGGAAAUCGACGCAACAAACACCAACAUAAACUCAAAGGCAGUUUGUUAUCUUCACUUGGCAUCAUGAGCUCAUCUCCCACUAGAAUAGAACCUGCUGCUGACCCAUCCAGACCCUAUGGACAUUAGUUGGCUUACAUUGUUACCUAUCAUCCAUUUAUUGAUUUGUAAUGAUGCUAACAAAGGAUUUGUUAUCUUUGAGCCACAUCCUUUAAGGCAACAUAUUGAAGAAUCUUUUUCAUUGUAUAUUCAGAUUUGAUUUAUAUGUAUUAGCAUGGGUACGGUCAGGGGCUUUUCUUGAAAACGUGAUCUGACUUGCAAAAAUGAUUCCCUAUAUAGGCUUUUAGCUUUAAUUAGGGCCUGGAGAUUUUCCUAGGCUGGUCAUUUGGUCAGGAAAACCUCUUAACCCAUUUCUGUGGAUCCUCUUUCACUGUGUAUAUUUACAAAUAAAGAGUUAUUUUAUUUA